CAUAAAUACAUAUGUAUAUUGUACAAUAAAUGUAUCGCAAUCGUACAGAUGAAUAAAUAAAAAAAUUAGAAAAUAAUUUUGUGAUAAAUUGAAAGCUUAUUAGAUUAUCAAUAAUUCGUGUGAAUAAAUGACAAAUAACGUGUUAAUUUCACAUUCGUUUCAAAGUAUAAAAAACGGGCCAAUUAUCGCAUUAAAGGAGACAAACUGAAUUAAUCGCUUCGGGUGUUGCCCCAAAAAUAAUAUACAUAUACAUUUUCCAUUAUAAUAAGUUCAUGUAAAUUCAAAUUACAAAAAAAUUUGUGUAUAUAAGAUGGCGGAGGGAAAUUCUGGAGUUAGUGCUGAGGGUGCCGCUGCCGCUGUGGCUGUGGCUGCCCCACAUCCCAACGCCGAAGUUAUAAGGGGGCAAAUAUUUGAAGUUGGCCCCAGAUAUAGGAAACUAACAUAUAUUGGCGAAGGCGCAUAUGGAAUGGUCGUAUCUGCGGAUGACACAUUGACAAAUCAAAGAGUUGCUAUCAAAAAAAUUUCUCCAUUCGAGCAUCAAACGUAUUGUCAACGAACUCUACGAGAGAUAACCAUUCUCACCAGGUUUAAACACGAAAACAUCAUUGAUAUACGUGACAUCUUGCGAGUAGAUAGCAUAGAACAAAUGAGGGAUGUAUAUAUUGUACAAUGCUUAAUGGAGACUGAUCUGUAUAAACUACUUAAAACGCAGAGGCUGAGUAACGAUCAUAUCUGUUACUUUCUGUAUCAGAUAUUGCGUGGUUUAAAGUAUAUCCAUUCGGCAAAUGUUUUACACCGGGACCUAAAACCGAGCAAUCUUUUGUUGAAUAAGACAUGCGAUUUAAAAAUUUGUGACUUUGGCUUGGCCCGAAUCGCUGAUCCAGAGCAUGACCACACUGGUUUCCUAACGGAAUAUGUGGCAACUAGAUGGUAUCGGGCGCCUGAAAUUAUGCUUAACUCUAAAGGGUAUACCAAAUCAAUUGAUAUCUGGUCAGUAGGAUGCAUUUUGGCUGAAAUGCUAAGUAAUCGACCCAUAUUUCCCGGUAAACAUUAUUUGGAUCAACUAAACCAUAUACUUGGCGUGUUAGGAUCCCCAUCACAGGAAGACUUGGAAUGUAUUAUUAAUGAGAAGGCACGAAAUUAUUUAGAAUCGUUGCCUUUUAAGCCAAAUGUGCCAUGGUCAAGGUUAUUUCCCAAUGCAGACGCAUUGGCGUUGGAUUUACUUGGUAAAAUGUUAACGUUUAACCCGCACAAACGAAUUCCAGUUGAGGAAGCUCUUGCACAUCCCUAUUUGGAGCAGUAUUAUGAUCCUGGCGAUGAGCCUGUUGCUGAAGUACCAUUUCGCAUUAAUAUGGAAAACGAUGAUAUCUCCCGGGAUGCUUUGAAAUCGUUAAUUUUUGAUGAAACGUUGAAAUUUAAAGAACGACAACCAGAACAGGCGCUUUAAAAACAAAUAUUACAAAAUAAAACACACACAUUUUUAAA